AUGAGAAAGUAUAUAAUCUUCCUCCUCCUCCUCUUCCCAACUGUAUCUCUGUCGCUAUCUAAGCGCGGCUGCCAGAAUUUCAAGCCAGAAUUUCCACACGACUGUAAAGGCGUCUUCGCCAAAGGUAGCCCGAUUCGUGUAUCGGAACUAGUAAUCUGCACCGCAGAGAGAGCCGAAGAAGAUGGGCACGAUGGCAAGUGCAACAUCCAGCGCUCCAAGAUAGGCAUUAUCGCCAACUCAACUAUCACCAGGACCAACAAUGGAACUCUCAAAACAUCCCUUGAAGCCAAGAGAAGCAUCCUUGAAGCAGUGCGAGAUGCAGCGUCCCCCAAGGCGCUGGAGCAUGUCAACUUGAAGAGGCUUGUAGUGAUGCCAUUCACAGCCCCGUCUCUCAUGAUACCCAAAGGCAAGCGUGGAUACUAG